AUGAAGUACUUUACUUUUUCUUCGUUCUUUGCCAAAAUUAUCAUCUUUCUUUUUCCAUAUGCGUUGCUAGCUUCCAGUGAUCACACUCAUGAACACUUUCUUCAAUGCCUCACCACUCGUAUAUCCAACCUCACCUCCACAAAUGAAACCAUUAUCUAUACUCAAAAUGAUGCGUCAUAUUCUACCGUAUUGAAUUCCUCCAUACAGAACCAACGUUUCAAUACUGAAUCAACCGCAAAACCUUUCGCUAUCAUCACACCAUUGAAUGUCUCCCACAUCCAAGUCACUGUUUACUGCUCCCAAAAGCAUGGCAUGCUAAUCAAAGUUCGAAGUGGUGGCCAUGAUUAUGAGGGUCUUUCUUACGUGUCCAAUCAGCUCCCUUUUAUCAUACUUGAGCUGAGAAACCUAAGCUCGAUUAGUGUUGAUGCGGAGGGCAAGUCAGCAUGGGUUCAAGCUGGAGCUACACUAGGUGAGGUUUAUUAUUGGGUUGCCAAUAAAACUGGAAAUAUUCUAGGCUUCCCCGCCGGCGGUUGUGGCUCUGUGGGUGUUGGUGGACAUUUAGGUGGAGGAGGCUACGGGUAUUUGGCGCGAAAAUAUGGGCUUGCAGCUGAUAAUGUUGUUGACGCGGUAAUAAUCGACGCCCAAGGUAGAAUUCUUGAUAGGAAUUCUAUGGGGGAAGAUUUGUUUUGGGCCAUACGUGGUGGUGGAGCAGCAAGCUUCGGAAUCGUUGUUGCAUGGAAACUUCGACUAGUUCCCGUGCCAUCAACAGUGACUGUGUUUAAGGUCCCAAGGGAUAUGGCCGACGAUGCAACAAAGAAGCUCGUACAUCGAUGGCAACGGCGUGCCCACAAAGUCGAUGAGGAUCUAACCAUCUUCAUCAGGUUCUUAACCGUGAAUUCUACAGAUAAAAAGGGGAAUAAGAAAAUUGUGAUACAACCUAACUUCAUGACCACGUUCCUAGGCGGUGCAGAUACAUUGCUUCAAUUGAUGCAGAAGGAGUUUCCUGAGAUGGGUUUGGUAAGAGAAGAUUGUACCGAAUUGACAUAUGUCCAAUCCUUUCAGUAUUUUUAUGCACAGGGAAAUGGAUCCUUGGAUGUUUUACUUGAUAGGACAACUCAGUUCAAUGAUUUGGCAUUCAAAGUGAAAUCUGACUAUGUGAAAGAGCCUAUUCCAGAUGACGUAUUAAAAGGAAUGUUAGAAAGGAUGUAUGACGAAGAGGUAGGAAGGGUUUUGAUUGAUUUUUAUCCUUACGGAGGGGAAAUGAACAACUUCUCAGAAUCUGCAAUUCCGUUUCCACACCGAGCCGGAAACAUAUUCAAUAUUCAUUAUCAAGUGACUUGGAAAGGAGAGUCCAAAAAGCAUCUAAGUUGGAUAAGAAGACUUUACAAUUCCAUGACUCCGUAUAUGUCAAAAAAUCCAAGAACUGCAUAUCUCAACUUCAGAGAUCUUGACAUUGGGAUGAAUGAGAAAAGGAGUAACACCACAAGUACCCUUACUCGUAUAGCAAAAGCAAAUAUUUGGGGUACUAAAUAUUUCAAGAAUAACUUCAACAAGUUGAUUCAGGUGAAGACAAAAGUUGAUCCAGCUGAUUUUUUUAGAAAUGAACAAAGCAUUCCAUCUCUUCUUAGCCCUUAA